GGAGCCCCUAUUGAGAAGCCGAAGGAUGAGCAGAGAGCCGACCUGCAGGCUGGGAGGUGUGAUGCUUGUGGACCUUAACUUGCAGAACAGAUGAGUGACAGGACAUCAACUUUCUUUAAUAUUUUCUAGAUGCGGAUGGUAUAUAGAAAAAAGCAGGGUGGGAGGAGGGAAAAAAAGUCUGUGAACAUACACCGUGACCUAGCUUCCUUCCUGCACAGAAACCUCACAGAACUAAGCACAUCUGAACUUCAGGAUAAAGUCCCUGUGAUUGUCAGCAGUUAGUAGCGCAGUGUAAUGAAGGAGCCACUGGCCUGAAAGGCACAAAGGGUUCCAAAAUCAGCCUGCAAAAAAGUUGUAGCAUGGGUUCUUGCCAGGUCCUGUGCUUUGGUCAAAAUAAUCCUCCGCAAUGCCACAGGCAUGGGGCAAAAUGGCUGGAAAGCUGCAGAGUGGAAAAGGAUCAUGGAAUGCUGGUCAAUAGCAGCCACCAGGAGCAGGGGAGACCUUAUCACUCUCCACAGCUGCCUGAAGGGAGGUUGUGGUGAGGUGGAGGUUGGCCUCUUCUCCCAAGUAGCACUGACAGGGAAUGGCCUCAAGUUGCGUGAGGAGAGGUUUAAGUUGGAUAUUAAAAAAACUUUCUUAUUUGAAAGAGCAGUGAGGCGUUGGCACAGGCUGCCCAGGGAGGUAAUAGAGUCACUGUCCCUGGAGGUGUUUGAAAACAGCGUAGAUGUGGCACUGAGGGAUGUGGUCAGUGGGCAUGGUGGGGGUGGGCUGGUAGUUGGACUUGGUGAUCUUCAAAGUCCUUUCCAGCCUUUAUAUUCUGUAAUUCCUGCCCAUGCAGCUGACAGCUCAGGCAUUGCCUCAGCUGCUGCUGGCAGUGGAGCAGAGAGCAGGCACUGGCAUUGCCUGCCUUCAACUCACCUCUCUUUGCUCUGGUAGAUGGACAAAGGCGGUAUGCCCAAUGUUUGUAUUGUGCCUCUCCUGCCUAAUCUGUGUUUCAGCUGGCCAAGCAAUCACCUGGCAUGCUUCCUACACUUCUAACAUUGCUUCAGCUAAAGCAAACAAAAAGCCUUAUGUAAUAGUAACUCCACCUGUCUCUGCUGGUAGGCUUUAGCUUGUGGGUGCUUUGGGGGGGGACCCACAAGCUGACGGAACCCAGGUCUUUUAUCUGUGUGCUAAAACUAGCUGUAGUGCUUUAGCAGUAGGAAAAAAAACAUAAGGCUUAGCAAACAAGAGAAACAAUCAGCCUCGUUAAAGAAACUUGUCAAUGGAAGAACAGCCUUUGCACCAUUUUUGUAUUUACAUUCUCUACAGAGAGUGAACUUUGGUGUUGGUUACUAAUGUUGUGGUGCUAGGCAAUGUCUCACACGUUGUUAAAUAAAUAUUUCAAGUGCAAAUAAGGACUUGCUACAGAGGGAGCUUUCAGCACGUUCACGUUUCUUACUAUGAAAGUGCAGAUAUGGCACUUGGCAUUUUUUACUGUAAUCUCCCAAAUGUUGAGGCAAGCCCACUGACUGCGAGAGGUAAACAGUUCACACCUGUGGGCAGGAAGCAAUGAAUACCCACAGUACAUAGAGAAAGUCAGUCUCACUUCCUUAGAAACUUUUCUGUAAUAACUCUAGUGAUGUAAUGCCCCUUCCCUGAAGGGCUGAGAAAUAAAAGUCCCCGUUGCUUGGAUGUGGGUGGUUGAUGUGGGUUUUUUCUUUCGGAUUUUUUUUGUUGUUGUUUGUUUUUUUGAUUCGUGUUCAAAGUCACCAGUAAGGCAGUGAAGGGCUGCUGCACGCAAUGUGCCAGAAGAGGCAGGGAAGUGGAUUAGGAGGGGAUCUCAGCACUGUUGCCAGCUGGAUGAAUGGGACACUUACAGAAAAUAUAGGCGGGUUCUGCUCAGAGACUUGCAACCUGAACACAAAAAGCCACUGUCAUGGGUUGCAGCAGGGAAAUCCCGAUUCCAUAUAUGAGGGAAGAGCUUUCAGUGGGAGUGGUGAUGUGUGAGGUGACCCUGUUAUCAGCUUGGAGCGUUGGGUUGGACAAGCUGAGCUCCAGAGCCACCAGCCAAGAGAGGUUGUUGCAUGGGGCUGAGCCUAUGAAACCUGUGUGCAGACCUGUACCCAGUCGUAGAGGUGGCUGCGGGAGGAGCCCUUCUGGGGUCACAUUUUCUCUCUUACGGUCAGGAAUAUCUUGCUCUAGCAGAAAAUAAAGCAAUAAGGUGGAGCUAUCAGAUGGGAUGAGUCAGGCAGCUUCCAGCAAGAAGGUACUCAGCUUUCACCUCUGUGUGGCAAUAGCCAUUCUUCAAGAGGAAGAACUCUGUUUACCCAGUAUUUGGAGAGGUUUUUAUUCCAGGAAUGGAAAAAAUUCUGGUGCCUUCAGCUGUGUCUGUUCACAAAACCACAGAACUGCUGUGUCACAAAGGUCUGGGUCAAAGCAAAUUCUGCAAUGUAAGUAAGCAUUAAUGUAGAUGCUGCUGGGGAAAGGAAUGUUUUCAUUUUCAUUUCAUUGUAAGUACCAUUCAAAGUAUUCUUAAGCAGUACUGUUUCUUAUAUGUUCUUAUUUAUUUAAAUGUGCUAUAGAUGUGUUGCACUCAAGAUGAGUAUGUCUAUAUGGGUGUGUGCAGCUGCCACUCACUAAAAUGUAAUUGUCUUUAUCGCAAAGAGCACUGGGGAGACAUGAUUGAAGUUCAUGAGAAGGAAAAUGUUACAGAUAAAACAUGGGGAUUAUCAGUGGGUGUUUCAAUAAUGGUGAAAUUAUGUGAAGAGAUUGCAUUACAUUGCCAGGCCCAAUUAAAGAACAAGCACUAUUGAUGGUGUGUGGGAAGCCCUGACCUUUUCCAUGACCCAGGUGUUUAGCCAUAGCAAGAAGCAGUCUUUCUGUAUUUGGAAGGGAGAACCAAAGGGGCAUCCAGCCUGGCCCCAGUCAUGCAGCCACCCAAUCCCAGCUCUGGGAGGUCUUGCCGUCAUGGGAGGUGCUGCCACCAGCAGUGAUUCUGGCAGAGCUCCAAUCUUGGGUCCUGGUAAGGUGUGUUGGUACAAUUCAAGUCAGUAAAUACACAACCUGUGACAGGUGUGACUAAAAUUUGAUGGCAUUUCAGCCUGCUGAUCAGUUCAUAAAAGUUCCCUAUGCCCACAGUUGAGCUCAUAUAACAUGAUGAAAUGCUCAUUGUGUGUGUUGUGGGGAAUUUCUUAAAAGUCAUUGAAUUUCGAAAAUGUGUUUGGUAAGUGGACAGAUAAAAAAUUCCCAGAAAGCAAUGCCAAGACUGCCUCCCCACCUUCUACCUUGAUUUUCUUUUCUUUCUUUGUUUUUUUUUCUUUUCUGCAUUCCUUCGCAGCUAACACCACAUUCUGGUAACUAGCUAUUCAAAGUUACACAUCUACAGUUUUAAUGUGCUUGCUGCGAAUUCAAUGCAUGCAUGAUGAUUGUGCUCAGCUGAAGUCAUCAAGACCAGAUUCUUGAUUAGGUUGUGUUUAGUUUGCCUACUGCAAUCAAAUGCCUUUUGAUCAAAAAAAUACCUUAAUUUGCACAAUAACUUGCGCUUUUUUUUCAUCCUGGCAGUGUUUUCUUCUGUCUUUUUCCCAGAGUCAAGGUGAGGAGUUAGGCAAGUUUCUGCAGACAGAGAUGACUUGUUCCUGCAACCAGGUGGUUUCUACCUUGGUUAUUCAUUGGUGGGCAUUACUACUGUGUGCUGCUCUACACUGUGCAUGUUUGGGUUGUCUCUUCUUGCCCACUGAUGUGUGCAGGAGGUGAGGGCACCUGGCUCAUGCUGGGAUACCCAGUGUGCCGGCACUCGGCAUGACCGCAUUGUCCAUACCACCCAUCAGGCAACAGCUGGCCCCCUGCAGGCUGGCACACACAGCAAUAAAGGACCUACCAGCACAGAGUGAGAUCGCUUUAUCACAAGCCCAGCAUCCCAUUUUGGGGCUGUGGGAUGUGCAUACCAGUGGUACAGCAUUCAGAGUUGCCGUGGUGCACACAGUGUGGCAGUACACCCAACGUGUGUCCAAUGCACAGUGGCACUUUGACCAGUGGGCUGGGCUCAGCCAGCCCCAGCCUCCAACCAUCUCUCCACAGCAAAAACUGCAGCAGUUUCAUGUCCCCGUGUCCCUCUGAUGACAUGAUCCUAAAUGGCAUCCUGCACUGAAUGUUCUGACAGCCUUCACUCUUGUGUUCGACCCCAAGACAGGCCACCAAGAUGACAUCUCAUCGCUGUUUUGUGUUAUUCCAGCAAGAUUUUGUGUUCUGCAGCACUGAGUGACUGGCAAGCUGAAAAACAAUAUCCUAACAGAGCGAAGACGCAAGCUUGUGUGACAUAUUUUUGGGAUAAAGCAAUAUUGCCAGACAUUUGGGAAUUAGUCCCUGAAAAAAAAGGACAUUUUUCUCAUUGGUUUGCUUCAUAAUUAGUUCCAAACUUCAGAAUGAGUGCAGUUUCCAAGUAGGAACAAUUGCUUGUGUUUAGUUUAGAACAGCUCAUAUGUUUCUCAACUAAAUUAAAUCAAAGCCACAGCAGGGACUUUAUAAAUGGAGAAGUCAUUUUAAUAAUUACUUCCUCAUAAGACAUGCCCAAGAGGAAAAGAGAUGCUCUCAGUCAUGGAGCUGCUCUCCUAAGCAUGAGGAGGAUCAGGCUCUCCUCUCUCUGCUUUCUGAUGCACCUGCUGCAGGACAAGAUAAGCACCAUUCCAGUCCUGGAAAAUCAAGACCUGCAAGAUGCAAUCAAGCCACGGGGGGUACGGUUUUACUCACUGAAUUUCAACAAUACCCUGCGCUGGCUGCCUGGAAGGGCUGGAGAGGGAGAAACCACGCUCUACUUUGUGCAGUAUAAAGUGUAUGGGCAGAGCAAAUGGCAAAACAAAGAAGAGUGCUGGGGGAUUCGGAGCCAUUUCUGCGACCUGACAGAGGAGACUUCUGACGCCUAUGAGGCUUACUACAGCAGGGUGCAAGCCGCUUCCACUGAGGUCCGCUCCGACUGGAGCCUCAGCUGCAGGUUCACUCCCUGGAGAGAAACUAUGAUAGGACCUCCAACAAUAAAGGUGGUUCACAGCAACAAAUUUGUAAUACUAAAGCUCCAGGCUCCACGUUCGGCUUAUAAAAGGAAGACAGGCAGCAUGAUACCAAUGACAAAUUAUUAUGAUCUUCUGUACCAAGUCUUCAUAAUUAACAACUUGCUAGAUGAGCAACACAGAGUGCUGGUGUAUGAAGGAAAAGACAAAGUGAUCAAAAUAGAAGACCUGAGGCCGGGAAUCAGCUACUGCAUCGUGGCUAGAACAUCAGUGCUGGUGCUGGGCCGCAGCAGUGCCUACAGCAACAGACAGUGCACUGUGCUGCUGUGACCAGGUGGCCGCUGCCAGAGCCAGAGAAGAUGCAGCAAGCUGACAGCCACCCGCUCCCCAAAAGGAGAAGGUGGCACAUGGCAGGAACGCUGCUGUCUCAGAGGGCAUCGUUUGCCAGAGUUCUUGCAUCUUCUUGGCUCGUUUCACUCCAGACGAGAACGAUAAGCCCAAAAAGGUUAGAAGAACAGUGUGGAUAAUUAUUUGCAUGCUGUCAGAGUGCUCAGAAAUGCCUCCCUCUUCCCUUUCUUCAACCAGUUAUGUAUAAUAUUGUUUCCUCAGUUUUUAUUGCCAUCGUGCAAUUAUUAACCAGGAAAAUGAGUGGUCUCCAGCUUUGUUAACAGGCAAUUCUGCUGCAACAUCUCUAGGGAUUUACCCAGUGUGUUUAGUCUAGAUGUACCCAUCCUCACUUAAUGGCCAUUAUUUAGGUAUUAUGUGUUUAAAAAUGAGUCGUUUAUGAAAUUUCAUUAGUUUCUAUGAGCCAGAAUGAAAGAGUUAUUUCAACUAGCUGGUCUGAAUAGUCUAUUUUCUCACCUCAAUCACUGUAUUAUAUUAAUGUAUCACUUGCUCAGCAGAGAGAUUUACUAUUCAUCCUGCCUUGCAGGUGCCAAGGUGCAAAGCACAUUAGGACAUCUGUGACAUUGGCCACAGCAAGCUUAAGUUUAGGUCCUUUCUAAGAGAGAAAACUAGGAAAUCUUCAGACUUUGAGCCUGGGUGCCUCCUGGCUAUAGCAUGACUGUAACAGAUUUUCCUUCUUCUACUUCCUCAAGUGAUGCAUAACAUCAGUCUUUCUUGAGAUACAGUCACUAGUUCAGGCUAAGGAGCUUGUUUCUAGGUGAUUUCCCUACACUGAUGAAGAGCUUUCCCUGUACUGUACAAGGCAGAACAGCUUACAGAGGUACAAGAGGGGUGUAGGCAGAAGGCAUCUUCAGUUGAAGUUCAUAGCAUGCUGCUUAAACAUGCACUGCAGCAGCAGUUCUUUCUCUUCCCAGUUACUGCAAUAACAGUGGAGGCUGCCUCCUGUUACAGGCCCAGCUGUAAACUGACAUCUGGGGUCUAGAAUAUGGCUGGACUACAUAUGUGGAUGCUUUUUUAAAUUAAACUUUGCUGCAUUAAAUAAUUAAUUUUAUUAAUCAUUUAAUGUUACACAAAUCUCAAGUAUUCUUUGUAUGCCCUAUAGCACAAUUUAAGACAAUAUGUAUCUGCAUUUAUAUUGUAAUA